CCGGAAGGACCCUCGUGCUGCCUAGGAGACGGGACGCGAGGAGGACAGCUGACCGAGCCGGGCGGGCCGCGCCCACCUGGUCGCCAUGGAGCUUCCUCCAGGGCAGUGCGAGGUUCCCCGCGCCCUAGAUGAUGACUCGGACCCAGAACCUGAGCCGGACCCGGACGCGCAGGCCGAAGCCUACGUGGCCCGCGUGCUUGGCCCGCUGAAGCCCGGACUGGCUCUCCCGCGCGCCUCGUUACUGUCCACGCCCGCAGCAGCCCCUAGCGCCCUGGAGCCCAGGGCCGCAUCCAGGGUCCCGCCGGUGGGUGCGCCGGGCCUGCUGAGCCUGCCUCCGGAGCUGCUCCUCGAGAUUUGCGCCUACCUGGACGCGCGCCUCGUGCUCCAUGUCCUUCCGCGCGUGUGCCACGCACUGCGCGACCUUGUGCGGGACCAGGUCACCUGGAGGCUCCGCGCGCAGCGCCGCGUCCGCGCGCCCUACCCAGUGGUAGAAGAGGAGGACUUCGACUGGCCAACCGCCUGCAUUGAGCUGGAGCAGCACCUGGCACGCUGGGCUGAGGAUGGGCGCCAGGCCGAGUACUUCUGCCUGGCUGAUGGGCACUUUGCUUCCAUUGACUCAGUGCUGCUGCUUCAGGAUGGGACACUCUGUCUGUCGGGCUCUCGAGAUCGAAAUGUCAACCUGUGGGACCUGCGGCAGCUCGGGGCAGAGCCCAGCCGGGUUCUGGUCAAGGCCUUGGGCACCCAGGAGGGCAGCACUCACAAGGGCUGGGUGUGGUCGCUGGCGGCCCAGGAUCACCAUGUGUGCUCUGGCUCCUGGGACAGUACUGUCAAGCUGUGGGACAUGGCGGCUGAUGGGCAGCAGUUCGGUGAACUAAAGAGCAAGGCGGCGGUGCUUUGCCUGUCCUACCGGCCUGACAUCCUGGUGGCCGGCACCUAUGACAAGAAGGUGACCAUCUACGACCCCAGAGCUGGCCCAACCCUGCUGAAGAGCCGGCGGCUGCACUCGAGCGCAGUGCUGGCGCUGCUGGCGGACGACAAGCACAUCAUCUCGGGCAGUGAGGACCACACCUUGGUGGUGUUUGACCGCCGCACCAACAGCGUCCUGCAGAGACUGCAGCUGGACUCCUACCUGCUCUGCAUGUCCUACCAGGAGCCCCAGCUCUGGGCUGGUGACAACCAGGGCCUGCUGCACGUGUUCGCCAACCAUGACGGCUGCUUCCAGCUUGUCCGGUCCUUUGAUGUGGGCCACAAGUCUCAGAUCACAGGGAUCAAACACUCACUGGGGGCCUUGUACACUACAUCCACUGACAAGACCAUCCGGGUGCACGUGCCCACGGACCCGCCCAGGACCAUCUGCACACGCAGCCACCACAACGUGCUGAAUGGGAUCUGUGCCGAGGGCAACGUGGUGGUGGCCGCGUCCGGGGGCCUGUCGCUGGAGGUCUGGAGGCUGCAGGCCUGAGCCCGUGGACGUGGACGUUGGUCUACACUGCCAACAGGUGGGCUGAGCCUUGGCCUCUGCUCUUGGGGGAUCCGAACCCCCACUGGUGCUGCCUCUGCCCCUGACCCACAGGCUGAGGACCCACGGAGUGCUGGCCAUGGCUAGGCAGGGCCCCGUGGCUGGUCCCUGUGCCUGGGGAGGUGACACUGCAGUUCUGACCCACUUGGGGGUCUGCUCCCCACCCCUGGGCCCAGUUUGGUUGUGACUUCGCUGUUGAGCACUCAGGAGAAUAAAUCUGAUGCACUCUG